AUGUCCAACGACGCUCGUAAGAAAAUUUAUAAAAAUGCAGGACUUGAUAGUGAUGAAAUACGUAAGCGACGUGAAGAUCUUAAUAUAACACUACGAAAGCAAAAACGCGAAGAGCAACAUUUCAAACGACGAAACUUAGCUAGUAGCGAUGAACAAGAGACGCCAGCAUCAUUUGGUGUGCCUACUGCUGGUACCUCGCCAACAGCACCUACUGAACCAGCUAUUACUAGUCAAAUGGCAGCUGCAUUAUAUAGUAAUGAUGCUCAACAGAUGCUUGAAACAACGAUACGUUUCCGAAAAUUACUUUCAAAAGAACCUAAUCCACCUAUUGAUGAAGUAAUUACAGCUGGCAUAGUUCCUCGUUUCGUUGAACUGUUACGCUUUCAACACUUUCAAAUUCAGUUUGAAGCAGCAUGGGCUUUAACAAAUAUUGCAUCGGGCAAUUCAAGUCAAACAAAAUAUGUUAUUGAUGCUGGUGCUGUACCUAUUUUUGUUCAGCUAUUGAGCAGUGCAAAUGAAGAUGUUCAGGAACAGGCUGUUUGGGCUCUUGGUAACAUUGCUGGUGACAGUCCUGAGUGUCGUGACUACGUUCUCGAUACUGGUAUCCUUCAACCGUUGUUGAACAUUUUUACUCGCAAUACUCGUUUGACGAUGGUACGUAAUGCUGUCUGGUGUUUAUCGAAUUUAUGUCGUGGCAAGAAUCCAACAGUUGAGUUCAAUAAGGUUGCGCCAGCGUUGCCAGUACUUAAUCAACUUCUACAUAAUAUGGAUGCUGACGUCUUGGCUGAUACUUGUUGGGCUAUUUCAUAUUUAUCUGAUGGACCCAAUGAAAAAAUUCAGGCUGUCAUUCAGAUUGUUGACGUUCGACGACUCGUGGAAUUAUUAGCGCAUCCGGUUUUAAAUGUUCAAUCAUCAGCCUUACGAGCGGUCGGCAAUAUUGUUACUGGUGACGAUCAUCAAACUCAAGCCAUACUUGAUGCUGGUGUUCUUCCUCACCUUUUAACGUUACUGCAAAGUCAAAAAGAAUCUAUAAAAAAGGAAGCAUGCUGGACAUUAUCCAAUAUCACAGCUGGUGUCCAAGCUCAAAUUCAGGCUGUUAUCGAUGCCAAUAUAAUUCCAUCGUUACUUAACAUUCUCAAACAUGGUGACCAUAAAACACGAAAAGAAGCUGCUUGGGCCGUUACCAAUGCAACAUCUGGUGGCACACCCCAACAAAUCAAAUAUAUUAUCGAUCAAGGUGUCAUUCCUCCCUUGUGUGAAUUAUUAAGUGUUGCCGACGCGAAAAUAAUCCAAGUUGCUCUAAAUGGUCUCGAUAAUAUUCUUAAAUUAGGUGUUAACGAAGCUAAACAAACGAAUGGUCCAAAUCCGUAUACAAUUAUGAUCGAAGAAUGUUACGGUUUAGAUAAAAUCGAAUAUCUCCAAAGUCAUGAAAACAUUGAAAUCUAUCAAAAAGCUUUCCACCUAAUUGAAACAUACUUCGGCGUUGACGAAGACGAGAACGUUCCUGCCCAAGGAGAAUCGCGUCCGUUUGAGUUUGGUACAUCAGCUGCAUCGACGGCAAUGAAUGGACAAACGAAUGCCACUAACCCACAAGGUCAAUUCCAAUUUUAA